UUCAAAGUGCAAGCAUUCCCCCCAAAAUAUUUUUUAUUUAAGCACGGAAUUAAUUGAGGAAAAAAUCAAAAAUAAAUUUAACAUUCAAACAACUAAAAAAAACCCCCCAAAAAUGAUAUUUACUCAACGCAACUUUACUCGAUUAAUGUUUAUGAUGAUGGCAAAAGUGUGGGGAGUAAAUGGAGGUGGAGGUGCAACUGCCCCGAUUUCCGCGUUCUCUUCAGCCUUUGUGCCACCGAUGCAUAAUAAUAUGCCUCUGAAAAAACCGCCAACGAAUCUCCACGUUCAAGCGCUUAAUUCAGGGAAAUCUUUUCCGGCUGCUCAAUCAAAACAUUCGUUUGAUAAUCCUAAAUUUGCAAUGAAGCAUAAAAAUGCUCUUAUGUCGAAUUUAGGGGAAACGAUUGGAGAAGAAAAAAAUAAAGUUGUUGCCAAUCAAGAAAAAGAUAUUCGUCUACUUAAUGGCGCCGAAACGUUGCCGAUAGCAUCGCGUCGCCUUUUGUUAGAACCGAACAAAUUAAAGGCAUUUGAGUUAAGCAAAGAACCGUUGAAGACUUUUGAUCAUGCAAACGCAGAAAUGAUCAUUAGACAUGCUGUUCCAGAAGGUAUUUUUAUUCUUCGAUUUAAGUACAUAUUAGCUCAUAGAUAUUUUUUGAGAUCUGACUACUUAAAUUUACUCUGUCCCAAAAUUAUAACCCCACCCCUAUUUUUCCAUAUUUCAUUUCCCAUUCAAUUUUUAUAA